AUGGAAAACCUAGUUUCCAUGGCUGUUUUCCACUGUUUUCUUGUUCUUUCUACAUUAAUGGCAGCAUCAGCCCAGAAACAAAGAUCUGCUGAUAUUACACCUGGAUCUUCUUUAACCCCCAUUAGAAAUUCUUCAUGGCUGUCACCUUCUGGACUCUAUGCUUUUGGAUUCUACAAGGUAACAAAUGGCUAUGCCGUUGGAAUUUUUCUUGCUGGAAUUCCAGAAAAAACUGUAGUGUGGACAGCCAACAGGGAUGAUCCCGUUUAUCCCAGCAACGUGUUUUUAGUAUUAACCAAUGAUGGAAGGCUCAUUUUGCGGCAGGAAGAUAGAGAUGACAAAAAUAUUGCGGAACCUCGCCGGUCUGUUGCUUCAGCUUCAAUGCUUGACAGUGGCAAUUUUGUGCUGUACGAUUCGUCUCAGAGCAUCACGUGGCAGAGUUUUGAAAACCCGACGGACACUCUUUUGCCUGGGCAACCUCUAUUGGCUGGAAAAGAGAUCUUCUCCAGUGCUUCGGAAUCGAACCCUGCCAAAGGGAAAUUCCGUCUCAGUAUGCAAGAUGAUGGGAACCUGGUGCAAUACCCUGCGAAACUUGAAGUCACGUCGUCUGAUGCUUACUAUGCAACAGACACCGAUGGAAAGGGCAGUAAUGUAUCAUUGAAUCUUGAUAAUAAUGGCUGUCUUUAUUUGUUGGAUGGAAAUUCCAUUAUACACAAUAUUACGAAUACGAUAGGACAAUUUCGAACGAGAACUAUCUGCAUCGUGAGAAUUGAUAUGGAUGGCAUUUUUCGAGUAUAUAAUCGUUCGUUGGAUCUUCAAGGCAAGUGGUCUAUAGAAUGGUCAUCCAAUGAAGAUAAAUGUGUCCCCAAGGGUAUAUGCCCGGUAAAUAGUUUCUGUAGUAUGGUGGAUGCGCAAACACGGUGUGAAUGUCUUCCAGGAUUUUCACUUGUUAUUCCAGGCAAUUGGAGCUUGGGAUGUGAGAGGAAUUUUUCCAUGGAAAAUUGUAAAGACAAGGAUCAAAAUGUCAGUUAUAGAAUGAGAUCACUGGAAAACACAGUGUGGGAAGACACUAAUUAUGAUAUUAUAAUAGAUAUGAAGACUAAAGAAGAUUGUGAAAAUACUUGUUUAGAGGACUGCAACUGUGAUGCAGCUCUGUUUAAAGAUCAAAUCUGCAGAAAGCAAAAGCUUCCAUUGAGAUACGGAAGAAGAUUGCAGGGUGAUUCAAACGUUGCUCUUGUCAAGGUGAGUACACGUUCAUCCUUCACACAGGGAAUUCCUAAAAAUUCAGCUAAUGAAAACAAGAAAGAACGUCAUCUAGACAUCUUAAUCAUCGGCAUUUCACUUGUUGCUUUGGCUGCAUUGAUCUUGGCAAUUUCUUGGGUUUAUGUCCACCGAAAUCAUGUCGGGACCUAUACGAUUCCCAACAAUAGAAAUGUUGAAAUGAUUGAUGAUGUUGGUUUACGAGCAUUUACUUAUGCAGAACUUGUGCAAGCCACAAAUGAAUUCGAAGAAGAGCUCGGUAGAGGAGCUUCUGUUAAAGCAGAUGUAUACAGCUUUGGAGUCGUGCUACUAGAAAUCAUAUGUUGUCGAAGAAGUGUUGAUCGGAGAGUCUCUGAGAAUGAAGCUAUUCUUCAAGAAUGGGUUUACAACUGUUACGCUGCCGGAGAGCUGAAUAAACUGGUGGGAUAUGAGGAGGUUGACACAAGAACAUUGGACAAGAUGAUUAAAAUUGCUAUCUGGUGCAUCCAAGACGAGCCAUCCAUGCGUCCGUCAANCUAUCUGGUGCAUCCAAGACUAGCCAUCCAUGCGGCCGUCAAUGAAGAAUGUUCUAUUGAUGCUGGAAGGGACUUUAGACAUUCCAGUACCUCCAAGUCCUAA